AGAAGAAGGCUCAUUUCUAAACACUCGUGUGGGGCGGGAAAGGGGCUGCGACCCGGCGGGAAGCUGGGGCGGCUACCCACGUGAGAGUUCUCCAGUCACCUCUAAAACGUGGGACACAGCCAUUUCCCCUUUUUAUAAAUUAGCAAACUUAUGCUCCUCCUCACCCCCAACCCCCUUGAGGACAGAGUCAGAGAGAAGGAACCCAGGACUCUGGCUUCUACUCUAAGGUUCUUUCCGUUGCACAUUUCAGAAGUUUAUAAAGUUACAAGUGAAGGGUACCUGUGGCGGGGAGCAACUUGAGGGCUCGCUAGAGAGGGUCUUUGAAACCACUGUAAGUAAUCUGGAUAUUAUUCAAGUGAAUGAUGAUCUUCACUCAGCAGGGCAGGUCCAGACUGCACCAAGAGGCUAGAGAAGGUGCCCAGGGUCAUCGGGGCUGGUGGCCUUUAGGACUCAUUAAAGAAACACGAGUUGAACACCGACUUCGUCAGUGCUCAGGAAACACUGAAGAACAAAGGUGGCACUUUGUGGCUAAUGAUGGACACAAGCCAGUGACUGGGCAAUGGUGACUUACCGUGGCUGCGGUUCAAUGAGGGCGCCUGGCAAUGAGGAAACUCAGACGAGGCACCUGAUGCAGCAACCUGGGGGGCACCCAGAAAGGCUUCCUGGAGGAGAGGAUGAUGUAGCAAAGACCCGAAGAGGGAGUAGGAGUGAGAGAGGGAGAGUGAGCGAGUUGGGGGUGACAUGGGGUACAGAAAGACUGCUCUUGGCCGAGGGAACAGCAAGUGCAAAGGCUCAGAGGAGAGGAAGAGAGUGGCUCAUUCCAGAAACGGAAAUUGGUCCCUUGAUGAUAGGGGGAAGUUGGUGUCUUCCCACUAGAUCCUGUUGGCCAACAGGCAGCCCCGCCGCCAAUCUGCCUCCUCCUUCAGCUCAUCCCCAGUCCCCCUGGGGCUGCUGCCCGCCCGCCUGCUCAGAGCUGAUCAGGUGUCAGAGCUGAGUGCACGGAGUUGCUGGUGCGAGCUGCGGCCCAGCUGGAAGUGGGUAACCGGAGCCAGCAGUGAACACAGUGGCCUGGUGCUGGAGUCACUGGAGCUACAGGAGGUGGCCUGGGUUGAGGAGAAACAUCGGAUGCUGGCCAUGAAGACUCUCCGGGCUCGAUUUAAGAAGUCAGAGCUGCGGCUCAGCCCCACCGACCUCGGCUCCUGCCCGCCCUGUGGUCCCUGCCCCAUCCCGAAGCCGGCAGCCAGAGUCAGGCGCCAGAGCCAGGACUGGGGCAAAAGCGAUGAGAGGCUGCUGCAGGCCGUGGAGAACAACGAUGCUGCACGGGUGGCCUCCCUCAUCAUCCGCAAGGGUCUGGUGCCCACGAAGCUGGACCCUGAGGGCAAGUCUGCGUUUCAUCUGGCAGCUAUGAGGGGUGCAGCCAGCUGUAUGGAGGUGAUGCUGGCACACGGCGCCAACGUCAUGAGCACGGACGGGGCAGGUUACAAUGCCCUCCACCUGGCUGCCAAGUAUGGGCACCCACAGUGCCUGAAGCAACUGCUACAGGCAUCUUGCGUGGUGGAUAUUGUGGACAGCAGUGGGUGGACAGCUCUGCAUCAUGCAGUGGCCGGUGGCUGCAUCUCGUCCUCAGAAAUGCUCUGCUCCUUCAAGGCACAGCUGAAUCCCCGAGACCGGUUGGGUACAACGCCCCUCCUCAUAGCAGCUCAGAUGUGUCACACAGAUCUAUGCCGCCUGCUCCUGCAGCAUGGGGCUGCCGUGAAUGACCAGGACCUGCAGGGCAGGACGGCCCUCAUGCUGGCCUGUGAGGGGGCCAGCCCUGAAACAGUGGAGGUGCUGCUGCAGGGAGGGGCUCAGCCAGGCAUCACAGACGCGCUGGGCCAGGACGCUACUCACUACGGCACCCUGGCAGGGGACAAACUUAUCCUGCACCUCCUGCAGGAGGCGGCCCAGCGCCCCUCACCACCCAGCGAGGACGACUCAGGCGAGGCCUCAUCGCAGAACUCCGUGUCCAGCCAUGAGAAGCGAGGGGCUCCCAAGAAACGGAAGGCGCCUCAGCCCCCUGCCAGCAUCCCUGUGCCGGACGAUCACGAUGCCUAUGAGGAGAUCGUGAGGCUGCGACAGGAGAGAGGCCGCCUGCUUCAGAAGAUCCGGGGCCUGGAGCAGCACCAGGAACGGCGGAAGCAGGAGCUGCCGGAGGCGGAGGCCAGCUCCCUUCACAGCCUGGAGAGACAGGUGCAAGAGCUACAGCAGCUGCUGGCAGAGAAGCAAGAGGAGAAGGAGAGUUUGGGAAGGGAGGUGGAAAGUUUGCAGAGUCGGCUGUCCCUGCUGGAGAAUGAGCGGGAGAACACCAGCUAUGAUGUGGCUACCCUGCAGGAUGAGGAGGGUGAGCUGCCCGACUUGCCAGGGGCCCAGACGCUGCUCUCCAAGCAGCUAAGCCCGUCAGCCCAGGAGCUCUUGGCCUCGCUGCAGGAACAGGUGGAUGCCCUCACCAGACAGAACCAGGAGCUUAUGGAGAAGGUUCAGAUCCUGGAGAGCUUUGAGAAGGAUGAAAUGGAGGCAAAUGGUUCAGCUGAGGUCGUCCCCCUGGCCCUGUAUGACUCCCUGCGGGCUGAGUUUGACCAGCUGCGCAGGCAGCACGCAGAGGCUGUGCGGGAGCUGGAGCAGCGGGAAGCACAAGGGACCCCUAGAGAAGAGAAGGUGGCCCCUGGGGAGUGCAAGGACAUGGGAGCCAAGACCACCCGAAAUGGGCCAACAGAAAUGGAGCUCGAUGGCUCUGUGGCUUCAGAAAACAAAGUUAAUGGAGCUGAGACCACAGACGAGGAGGCUGCAGAAGUUGAAACCACAGAAGCCAGGACUUUGGAAGCAGCAUCUAUAGGGACUGAGGCCACAGAAACAAAACCUAUGGACACUCAGGCUGUGGAAACAGAGGGUGCAGGAGCCACAGCCCUGGAUACAAAGGCCAUAGGGGCUGAGGUCACAGAAAUGAAAGAUCUAGAAGGAGGAAACCUGGAAACACAGGCCUCGGGAGCAGAGGCCGCAAGUAGGAAAGCAGAGGAACCAGAAAUCAAGGCCAAUGGAGAGGGUGCUGCGGAAGGACAGCUCACAGGCAUGGAGACCAUGGACAUGGAGGCCACCAUGCCUAGGCUCCCCACGGGCCCCGUUCUACACCCUGGUGCUGCCGAGGCCUCCGAAAAGCUACAGACUGAGCUGGAGAUGAGGAUUCGUGGCUUAGAGGAGGCGCUCUGGCAGCGGGAGCGGGAGGCAGCCACCGAGCUGGAGGCAGCCCGUGGCAAGAGCGAGGCUGCGGAGGCCGAGGCGGACCGUCUGCGGGAGCGGGUAUGUGAGGCUGAGGGUGGUGGGGCUGGUGGUGGAGGCAGCAGUGACACGGUCCAGCUUCGGGCAGCCUUGGAGCAGGCCCGGGAGGAUCUCCGGGACCGGGACUCCCGUCUUCGGGAGCUGGAGGCCACCUCGGCCUGGCUGGACGAGGCCCGGGCUGGCAGGCUGCUUGCUGAGGAGGAGGCUCGGGGCCUGCGGGCAGAGCUGGCCCAGCGGGAGGAGGUGCGACUGGAGCAAAUCCGGGAGCUGGAGGUACUACGGAAGCAGCUGACCACCGCCAAGGCGGCUGAGGAACAACAGCGGGCAGCAGCUGCUGAGCUGGGCCAAGCUCGGGAUGCAGCCGAGGCCCAGGCUGCCGCACUGGCCGCUGCCUGCGAGGAGGCUCGGCAGGGCCUGGCAGAGCUGCGCGAGGCCUCCGAGGUGCUCCGCCAGUCAGCAGUGCCAGCCUCGGAGCAUCACCGGCUGCAGGAGGAGGCCCUGGAGCUGCGGGGGCGGGCGGCCAGCUUGGAGCAGGAGGUGGUGGCCACGGGCAAGGAGGCUGCCCGGCUGCGGGCAGAGCUGGAACGGGAGCGUGUGGGCAGCGUGGCCCGCCUGGAGCACGAGCGCAUAGUAGGUACACUGCAGGCUGAAGUGACCCGGCUGGAGGGGCAGCUAGAGGAGCUAGGACGGCGACACGAGAAGACCAGCGCGGAGGUCUUCCAGGUGCAGCGCGAGGCACUAUUCAUGAAGAGUGAACGGCAUGCAGCUGAGGCCCAGCUAGCCACUGCAGAGCAGCAGCUCCGGGGACUGCGCACUGAGGCUGAGAAAGCACGUCAGGCCCAGAGUCGUGCCCAGGAGGCCUUGGACAGGGCCAAAGAGAAGGACAAGAAGAUCACAGAGCUCUCCAAGGAGGUCUUCAGUCUAAAGGAAGCGCUGAAGGGCCAGCCAGCAGCCCCAGGCAGCCCUGAGGUGGAGGCCCUCCGUGGGCAGGUGAAGGCUCUCCAGGGACAGCUGGAGGAAGCUGCCAGGGACCACAGUGCAGUGGUGGCCUUGUAUAGGAGCCACCUCCUGUACGCCAUUCAGGGCCAGAUGGACGAAGAUGUGCAACGGAUACUGAGCCAGAUCCUACAGAUGCAGAGGCUCCAGGCUCAGGGGCGCUAAGCCUCAGAACACUGACCCCUGCUGCCAGGCCCUGCCCAGGGGACUCAGGGCUCAGGCACUGACCUUCUGAACUCGGAGAUCGGCCUGGCCCUCCCGACUAUCCCUGGCUGGCUGUUUAUCACUUGGGCUCUGACCAUGCCCCGCCCCCCACCAGAGGUUCUGUGAGUCCAGUCUCUCACUCCUGUCACCAGAUGCCACCUCAAGAAUAAAACUCACUGAGCAGAGAAAA